AUGUCCGACUACGACGAGUUCGACGCGUUCGAUGUCGACGAGUCAUUCCUCCGCGAGGUGGAGGAAGUCGAAAAGCGUGCAGUGGCGCCUCGUCCACCAGCGAGACCACCAAACGCUGGUGCUGCUGCUCGUGCGGCGGCGCUCAUCUCAUAUGCCGACCCCCAUGCUGGGCCUUCAAGCCGUGCGGCAGCCCUCGGCGUGCGCCCGGCCGCCCCGCCCUCGGAUGAUUACGACAUGACAUUCGAGCUCGAUCCUGCAGCGCUGGCGCAGAUCGACUCUGUCGCGUCAGCCGUGCGUGCGCCUGCCAAUCGAAGACUCGCCAAUGGGACGACGCUGCUCCCCACGACAAGCCGCGACAAGUUUGCGCGCACGACCAGCGGGAGCGCAAUGUUCCAGACGCACUUAGGUUUCCGGAGACAACAACAGUACACCAAGGGCAAGCGGUGGGAUCGCACUGCGUUUGCCGCUUCGGGACGACGCGUCGCUGCGGAGAAGGAGAAGGAGGGGAGGAAGAAGAAGGGGAAGAGGAAGCGCGGGGAGGAGGAGGACGAGGAUGAUGAGGACGAAGAGGAGGAGGACUGGGGAGAACCGCUAGUUCCACCGCCCAAGCCACUUGUCGACAUCUCCAAGCCGUACGGCCCCCAGACGCACCUGUUCAGCCGCUCGACGAUAAAGGACUACAUCUACCCCACGAACCACCCAAAACGCGACUAUCAGUUUGAGAUUAUCCGCGCGUGCUUCACAGACAACUGCCUCGUCGCACUGCCCACGGGCUUGGGCAAGACGUUCAUUGCCGGUGUUGUGAUGCUCAACUGUGGGUUCUUUGAGCUGCUCAAGGCUAACCGGGCAGUCUAUCGCUGGUUCCCGAGCGGGAAGAUAGUUUUCCUCGCACCGACCAAACCGCUCGUUAAUCAGCAGAUCGAGGCCUGUCAGCUCACGUGCGGCAUCCCGAGCGCCGAUGCAGCUGUCAUGACGGGGUCGAGCGUGACCGCCAAGCAACGAGCACGCUUAACCUUGGAGAACGACUUGAAGCGCGGCGCUGUUGACCCCCGCGACAUCGUCCUUGCUGUUUUUGACGAAGCCCACAAGGCAUCCGGCUCCUACUCGUACACCACCAUCCUUGCCUACAUUACGGCCCAUCACCCCUACUUCCGUGUUCUUGCACUUACGGCGACACCCGGAGGCGACGUGCCAAAGGUCCAAGGCGUUGUGGACGCGCUGCACAUUAGCCGAAUCGAGAUUCGCGAGGCUGAGGCUCCGGAGAUUCGCAAGUACAUGAACGAGAAGGUGGGCAGACCAAGACGAGACCGUGCUGAUGGGCAGAAAACCGAUAAGCAUGUGGUCAGAAUGAGCCCAGUAAUUGUGGAGUUUAGGGACCGCUGGGCAACGGUGAUGAAACCGUUCAUUGCCAAGUUGGUCGAACGGAACAUCCUCACCGAACGCGACUUGGAUGCCAAGCGGCUGCGACCAUUCCGUUUGACGGCGAAGCGCAUGGAGCUUAGCCGUGACCGCAGCAGCGGGGCAACCUGGGCUUUCGGGCCUCUCAACAACCUUGAGAAAAUGGCACGAGCCAUGUUGCAUUUGCUCGAGUUCUCUCUAGGCAUGUUCCACACCACACUCUUGGAGAUCUCUGGCGGAUCAGCGGCGACUGGCAAGAAGGGCAACACCAAAGCUGGGGCCAACUCGAUCCGUACCAAUAUCGAGUUCCAGCGCCUGACGCGUGAUGUUGAGGGGGAACUCAACGAUAUCCGUCAGCACACCGACGGCAAGAUGGCUGCCGACCGCCACCCCAAGAUGGUGAAGACACUUGAGCUGCUUCUUGCACAUUUUGCUCAGGCCGAAGAUGACGAGAAGACGCAUGGCGUGAAGAGCAAUACCCGAGCGAUGGUCUUCUGCUCAUUUCGUGAAUGUGUCCUUGAGAUUGUGGAUAUGCUCAACGAACAUCCGGACCUCCUUCGUGCCACCAAGUUCGUCGGCCAGUCACAAGGCAAGCAGCUGGUAGAUAAGGGCUUCAACCAGAAGGAGCAGAAGAGUACCAUCAACGAGUUCAAAGAGGGCAAGUUCAACAUCCUUGUGUCGACGUCCAUCGGUGAGGAGGGCUUGGAUAUCGGCGAGGUCGACUUUGUGAUCAUCUACGACAUGCCGAAACAAGCCAUCAAGCUGCUCCAACGUGUUGGCCGAACUGGGCGUAAACGUGACGGUAACGUCCAUGUGCUCAUGUCCGAAGGGCGUGAGGAGUUCAACCACGAAGCUGCUCAGCAAACGCACCGCGAAAUCCAGGAGGAGAUUCUUCACAGCCGCAACCUCGAGCUGUUUGAAGAUGUCGAGCGACUUCUGCCUCCUGGGCCGCUCCCUGCGGUCUUGGAGCAAGAAAUGGAGGUGGAUCCUUGGGACCCUGCGGACCAGAAACAGAAGGUCAAGCUCGCCGCUGCCUCCCAGAAGCCGACAAACACGAAGUCAACGACGGCAAAGCGUGGUCACGACAUUCCCGAUGAUGCUCACAAGGGCUUCAAGACGGUCGCUGAACUCUUGAAAGAGUCGGCUGCCAAGAAGAAGCGAUCACGAAAGGCGGAUCCGUUGUCAGACGAGUCCGAGGAAGAAGUCAUCGACCUAUCUGGGAGACUUGAGAGCGACAAUGAGGACGAGGAUGACACCGAACUACUGUAUGGCAACGUUGCCACGUCACGCAUGGGCAGCGGCCCCUCUCAGAAGGUAGCGCGCGCCCGGGGAGCGAAGAAAGCGAGGUUGGGUUCCCGGUCCUCAUCAGGCGCCACGAGCUCCGCCAAAUCCAAGAAGAGCCAGGCCGAGGAGGCAAGACGAUUGGAAGAAGCGGAACGACUCGAGGAGAAGCAGCGUGAAGAGGAGCGGCGCCAAGAGUUAAACAGAAGUGCCCUCGAGUUCUUCAGAACUCAGGGGCUUCCUAGAAACCGCACGCCGUCGCCGACCAAGAGCAGCCCGGGUCGAUGCACCCCGCCGUCCUCACCUCACGCGCAUGACCAGGUUAACGGCAAUGGUACUCGGCUCAGCCCUAGUAUCGCGGCUGCAGCUGGGUUCAGUCAACUUGACGGCAUAUGGGACGACGACGACGAAGACCUCGGCAACGUGUUCACGCAAAGGUCUCCUCCGCCGUCACCACCUCAAACUACAAUGUUACCUCCGGCCACUGCGCAGGCUCAGCGGACAGCACCACUCGUGCCCAGCCGCUCGACCGACCAGAUGCCCCCGCCACCUGUCCCUCACACUCCUUUCACUGGCGGUACCAGGCGAUUCAACGACUCACCGAUGGCGCAGUCACCGUUUGCGAGCGGUGGUGCGACACAGUUCCCCGUCCGCCGGCCUGGGCACCGGGCCAUGCCACUAUUCAUCCCGUCCAGCGAUCCACCUGACGAGAGUCCCGGGCCCCGUCCCCUUCAACGUCUGCGGCGGCGGGUGACGAGUUCGAGCCCGGCAGGAGGAGAGCCUGCUGUUGCCCCGCCCCGUGCUCGGCGACCAAGGCAAGCGCCAGGGGCUGUCCGCCAGAUGCUUGACCUCGAUGCCGGUGUAUCAGGAUCAGAGUCCUCGGACGAGGCGUCGUCAGACGAGGAGACGAAAGAGGACCGCCUUUUCGCGGAUGACUUUCAGGCGACCCAGGCACCGGCCGGGUACAACCAGCGUGCCGUGUACGCUGCUGGUCUUUCGACGCAAGUUGGGUCCCGAAUGGGCCUGCAGUUCCGCAACAGCCGCGACGAGCGACACCAGGCGUUCCUCGGCAAGGCGAGGGCGCCCGUGCUGGUAUCCGACGAGGAACGAAGCAGCGACAACGAAUAUGAGCUCGGCAGUUUCGUGUGCGACGACGAGGACGUGUCAUUUGUCUCGCAAAGCGAUCCUCUUGGGAGUGGCCUGUAAGCAAUAGUCGUUACAUGCAUGUGCUAGCGG